CAACCCAGGCAGAAGCGGAUAGACGGAAGAUAUAGAGUCGCACCCCAGUCAGAGGUGAUCUACUGCCACUGGAGGACAGAAGUGCCUUUUUGUCAAGUUUUUGCAGUGACAGACCUGACCAUGAGAAGUGUGCGUAUGUGUUUCUGCCUGGCUCUGCUGUUUCCAUGGUGCGUUCAGAGCCAGAGAAGCCCCCCAUCCUUUAACCAACUCGAUGAAGACACACAGAAGGAUGUGCUGGCCGUCAACAUCUUAAAUCGCAGCGGUGUGUUGAACUCAUUGCUCCGGUCAGAGCAUCACCUGGUGCUUCGGCAAGCAGGAGCCCUGCGCGCUGCUUCCCAGAUGCCAAAGAGAGCCCAGCAGGGGUCCCGCUUCGCCCUGUCCCUCGACGUCCCCACCAGCAUCCUUAGUGUCCUCAUAGACCUCGCCAAGAACCAGGACAUGAGGACCAAGGCGGCAGCCAAUGCAGAGCUGAUGGCACGUAUAGGCAGGAGGAAAUGAAAGAAUUACGGGGAAAAUCUCACCUCGCAGCAAAGUUAAUACACUGGCAAAAAUCUGUCAAAAACUACUUUAGUUCAGGUGAAACCAUUCUUUGCAAUUAGUGUCUGUCCAUUAGAGCUUAGAUCCGCUUUACUUUUACGUGUUAAAAGAGAAACAUCUGCAAGACAACUGAAUUCUAUACGCAAAACACUCAAUAGAAUAACUCUUGAGGGAAAAAUAGUUAGACCUACUGAUGCAAAGAUCUGCCACAUACACAGGGCACUGUAAACAAAACUAGAUGAAGCUGGAUUUUCAUUUGAAAGAUUACUCACCACUGGAUCAAAAACGGGUUUGAAAAUAUGUCUCGUGUGUUUGUAUGUGUGAUCUUCAAUUUAAAAGGAAAAAAAGUUGUUCAAUUAAAUCCAAUAUGAUAAUCACAUUUCUUCCUCAAGUCUUAUUGAUUUCUGCCCUGAUAUCAACCGUUCUUAGUAAUAAUUACAGGCAUCAGCAGCCAAUAAAGCACAUUUGAAUGGGUCUUGGCCAAAUGAGCCUGCAUCAUCCACAGCAGCAUCUGAUGUAUGAUAACAGGACAAAGACACAGGCAGGAUAUUGACAUCUGGGAGAAGACAGAGCCUUUCUAUAAACCUUUGUUGAGUGCUACUUGAUACAUUUGGCAAACACAGCUUGUUCUAGAUUAGACUAAGAUCUGUUGGAUGACUCAUCCGUGCUCUUCAGCAAAUGUGCAGCAAAUGUGAAGCAACAGA